AUGGCCGACGAAGUUCAAUACCACCACCACCAAAACAUCGAGAAGAAGAGCGAUGAGCCAUGCGAUCACGGAGUCGAUGUCCCCGUCAAGGUUGAGGAGUAUGCGGCGGCGGCGCCUGUGGAGGCAUCCGACCGUGGUCUGUUUAAUCUCAUGGGGAAGAAAGAGGAAGAGAAGAAGUGUGAGGAGGAAGUGAUCGCCACUCAGUUUGAAGAGAAAGUGCAGGUCUCUGAACCAGAGUGCAAGAAAGAGGAAAAGGAAGAAGAGAAAAAGCAUGAAAGCUUACUCGAAAAGCUCCAACGAUCCAACAGCUCUAGCAGCUCUUCGAGUGAUGAGGAAGAAGUGGAAGAAGGAGGAGAGAAGAAGAAGAAGAAAAAGAAAAAGAAGGGUUUGAAGGAGAAGAUAUCUGGUGAUGACAAGGAAGUAGAGAAAAGUGAGAAGUACGAGUCUGUACCAGUAGAGAAAUGUGAUGAUAUACCAGUUCAUGAAGAAUCUGAGGAGAAGAAGGGCUUCCUAAGCAAGAUCAAGGAGAAACUUCCCGGCGGCCAUAAGGAGGAGGGAGAGUUGGAGGUGCCUCCACCACCACCUCCGGCUGCCGUUGAGUGCGCCACCCCUGAAGGCGAGGUCAAGGAGAAGAAGGGUUUCUUGGAUAAGAUCAAAGAGAAGAUCCCUGGGUACCACUCCAAGACUGAGGAAGAAAAGGAGAAAGAAAAAGAAAAGGAGUCUGCUUGCCAUUAA